UUUAGAUGGAACAUCUUCAACCAGAAAGGGGUGGGGCCAGUGUUGCUUGCCCUUUUUAAAGCCCUUUAUUUUGUAAAAAGCUGAAGCUCCAAAGUCUCUGAGACUGGAUGUAACAUCAGCAGAAGUCUGUCAGUGCUGUUAAUGUAGUGAAAGAGUGCAGCUCUUCCAGCAGGGAGCGCUCUGCUAUGGAUCAGUGUGAGGACACAGAGGAGAGAACCCCUCCAUCUACAACCUCUCUGUGUGGAGAAGAUGAAGCUCUGAGGAUGCAGAAGCAGAGACCAGACUCUCCUGGACCCAGCUGUGUGUCCAUGAAGAGUGACCAGUCCAUGUACGGUCCUUAUGAAUUCAAAAGUAGACCGUCUUCAGAUGGAAGGAUGAAAGAGCAGAGACCAGACUCUCCUGGACCCAGCUGUGUGUCCAUGAAGAGUGACCAGUCUAUGUACGGCCCUUAUGAGUUUAAAGAUGGACCGUCUUCAGUUGGAAGGAGGCAGAAGCAGAGACCAGACUCUCCUGGACCCAGCUGUGUGUCCAUGAAGAGUGACCAGUCCAUGUACGGCCCUUAUGAGUUCAAAGAUAGACCAUCUUCAGUUGGAAGAUUUCAGCAGGAGAGCUCAGAGGUUUUAAGUGACCAGUCAAACCAGCAGCAUCAAACAGAUUUGGACUCAGUUUUAAUGCUGCUGAAGGAGAACAUUUUCACCUUUGUAAAGAACGAGCUGAAGAGGGUCCAGAGGGUUCUGAGUCUAAAUUACCCAGAAUGCUUAUGGAAUCAGAGUGAAGAUGAGGAGAGAUCGGAUGGUGAAGAUGAAGAGCUGAGGAGGAGUAGAGAUGCUUUUAUGAAGAUCACUCUGAAUUUCCUGCGUAGAAUGAAGAAACAGGAGCUGGCUGACUGUCUAGAGAGCAGAACCGUUGCUUCAGUGUGCCGACAGAAACUGAAGUCUAACCUGAAGGAGAAGUUCCAGUGUGUGUUUGAGGGGAUUGCUAAAGCAGGAAACCCAACCCUUCUGAAUCAGAUCUACACAGAGCUCUACAUCACAGAGGGAGGGACUGGAGAAGUCAAUGAGGAACACGAGAUCAGACAGAUCGAAACAACAUCCAGGAAAGCAGACAGACCAGAAACAACCAUCAGACAGGAAGACAUCUUUAAAGGCCCACCUGGAAGAGAUGAACCAAUCAGAACAGUGAUGACAAAGGGCGUGGCUGGCAUUGGGAAAACAGUCUUAACACAGAAGUUCACUUUGGACUGGGCUGAAGGCAAAGCCAACCAGGACAUCCAGUUCAUAUUUCCAUUCUCUUUUAGAGAGCUGAAUGUGCUGAAAGAGAAAAAGUUGAGCUUGGUUGAACUUGUUCAUGACUUCUUUUCUGAAACCAAAGAAGCAGGACUCUGCAGGUUUGAAGAGUUCCAGGUGGUCUUCAUCUUUGACGGACUGGAUGAGCGUCGGCUUCCUCUGGACUUCCACAACAAUGAGAUCCUGACUGAUGUUAGCCAGUCCACCUCAGUGGAUGUGCUGCUGACAAACCUCAUCAGGGGGAAACUGCUUCCCUCUGCUCGCCUCUGGAUAACCACACGACGUGCAGCAGCCAAUCAGAUCCCUCCUGGGUGUGUUGACAUGGUGACAGAGGUCAGAGGGUUCACUGACCCUCAGAAGGAGGAGUACUUCAGGAAGAGAUUCAGAGAUGAGGAGCAGGCCAGCAGAAUCAUCUCUCACAUCAAGACAUCCCAAAGCCUCCACAUCAUGUGCCACAUCCCAGUCUUCUGCUGGAUCACUGCUACAGUUCUGGAGGAUCUGCUGAAGACCAGAGAGGGAGGAGAGCUGCCCAAGACCCUGACUGAGAUGUACACCCACUUCCUGGUGGUUCAGACCAAAGUGAAGAGCAUCAAGUAUGAUGGAGGAUCCGAGAUUGAUUCACACUGGAAUUCAGAGGGUAGGAAGAUGAUCAAGUCUCUGGGAAAGCUGGCUUUUGAGCAGCUGCAGAAAGGGAACCUGAUCUUCUAUGAAGCAGACCUGACAGAGAGUGGCAUCGAUAUCAGAGCAGCCUCAGUGUACUCAGGAGUGUUCACACAGGUCUUCAGAGAGGAGACAGGACUGUACCAGGACCAGGUGUUCUGCUUCAUCCAUCUGAGUGUUCAGGAGUUUCUGGCUGCUCUUCAUGUCCAUCAGACAUUCUUCAGCUCUGGAGUUAAUCUGAUGGCAGAGGAACAAACAACAUCUCAGUGCUUUAAAUUUUUUAGAGAAAAAACUGAAUCAACACAUUUCUAUCAGAGUGCUGUAGACCAGGCCUUACAGAGUCCAAACGGACACCUGGACUUGUUCCUCCGCUUCCUUUUUGGUCUUGCACAAGACGCCAACCUUAAUCACAUAAGAGGUCUGCUGAAAACAAAAGGAAGUAACUUCCAGACCAAUCAGAAAACAGUCCAAUACAUCAAAGAUAAGAUCAGUGAGAAUCUGUCCGCAGAGAAAAGCAUCAACCUGUUCCACUGUCUGAAUGAACUAAAUGAUGGUUCUCUCGUGGAGGAGAUCCAACAGUCCCUGAGAUCAGGACGUCUCUCCACAGAUAGAUUGUCUCCUGCUCAGUGGUCAGCUCUGGUCUUCAUCUUACUGUCAUCAGAACAAGAUCUGGACGUGUUUGACCUGAAGAAAUACUCUGCUUCAGAGGAGACUCUUCUGAGGCUACUGCCAGUGGUCAAAGCCUCCAACAUAGCUCUCCUGGGUGGCUGUAACCUGUCAGAGAGAAGCUGUGAAGCUCUGUCUUCAGUCUUCAACUCCAAGUCCUCUAGUUUGAGAGAGCUGGACAUGAGUAACAACCACCUGCAUGAUUCAGGAGUCAAGCUUCUGUCUGAUGGUCUAACGAGCACAACCUCUGUCCUUCAAACUCUCAGGUUGAGCUGCUGUCACCUUUCAGAGAGAAGUCGCGAAGCUCUGUCUUCGGUCCUCAGCUCCCAGUCCUCCAGUCUGAGAGAGCUGGACCUGAGUAACAACAACCUGCAGGACUCAGGAAUCAAUCUUUUCAUCACUGGACUGACAAACUCCACUUUGGAAAUUCUCAGGUUGAGUGGCUGUAACCUCUCAGAGAGAAGCUGUGAAGCUCUGUCUUCAGUGCUCAGCUCCCAGUCCUCUAGUCUUAGAGAGCUGGACCUCAGUACCAACGAUCUGCAGGAUUCAGGUGCAAAGUGGCUGACUGAUGGGCUAAAGACUUCAGAUUGCAAACUGGAAACCCUCAGUCUGUCUGGCUGUCUGAUCUCAGAAGAAGGUUGUGCAUCUCUGGCCUUAGCUCUGAGCUCCUUCUCCCACCUGAGAGAGCUGGACCUGAGCUACAAUCAUCCAGGAGAAAAAGGAGAGAAGUUGCUGUCCUCUCAACUUGAGGAUCCACACUGCAGACUGGAGACACUGAGGGUGGACCAUGGUGGAUUACACAGACUGAAGCCUGGUUUUUGGAAGUACGCCUGUGAGCUGGAAGUGGACACAAACACGGUGUACAGACUCCUCAAACUGUCUGACAACAACAGGAAGGUGACACGGCUGAAGGAAGACCAGUCAUAUCCAGAUCAUCCAGGCAGAUUUGAAAAUUGGUCACAGCUGCUGUGUCAGAAUGAGCUGACUGAUCGCUGUUACUGGGAGGUCGAGUGGAGAGGAGAGGUUUCUGUAUCAGUGAGUUACAGAGGAAUCGGCAGGGAUGGAAAGAGAGAUGACAAAUUGUUUGGACGUAAUGAUCAGUCUUGGUGUCUGAUCUGCACUGAUGAUAGUUACUCUGUCUGUCACAAUAACAGACAAACAAUCAUCUCCUCUUCCUGCUGGUCCUCGGUCUCUCACAGAGUAGCGGUUUAUGUGGACCAUCCUGCCGGCUGUCUGUCCUUCUACGGAGUCUCCUCUGACACGCAGAUCCACCUCCACACCUUCAACACCACUUUCGCUGAACCUCUCUAUCCAGGGUUUACAAUCUGGCGAGGUUCCUCGGUGUCUCUGUGUGAUGUGCCAGUGUGAGAAACACUGUUGACUGAAGAUCAACUGACUGAAGAUCAGCUGACUCAGUUCACUCCAUUGAGAUAAUCCGUCUCAAUCCUUUGAAUGACUCUGGUUUCAUUACUUGUGUUAUAAACAUUUGAUCACAACAACCUGGAACACUUAAUCAGAUUUAACAUCUCACAAAGAUAUUA